AAUCCAACAGAGUCCUGUUAGUUGGAAAUUGAAAUCUCAAAAAAUAAUUGAUUCAAUAAGGGCAUUACAGUAAAUUCAACCCUGUUGCGGCACUAAGUGACUAAUAAAAGAGAACACGAAGUUACGAAGAAAUAACCAUAAACUAACUGCAAUCACCGGACGGUGGCGGCAAACGCCAUCAUCAUCAACGACGAUGGCCAUAACGGAAUUUUUCUCCGGUGACAUAGCUUCUAAAUUAUGGGAAAUGCUCUCAAGCAUUUCAACCAAAACUCUCAACUCCAGAUCAAGCGCUGAACAGCUCUUAACCUUCAUCCGCGAAAUUCUCCCAACAAUCGAAGAAAUCAAAUACUCCGGCGUCGAACUUCCUCCCCCGAGACAAUCUCACCUCGACCGUCUCUCCGAGAUUCUCCGCUCCGGCGUCGAACUCUCUCACAAAGUUCUCGCUACAAGCCGUUGGAAUGUUUAUAGAAACUAUCGGCUCGCGAAGAAGAUGGAGAAUCUCGAAGAGUGUGUGACGAAAUUCUUGCAGGUUCCGUUGCAGGCUCAUAUUUUAGCUGAUGUGCAUCAUGUCCGGUUUAAUAUGGAUGAACGGUUCGACCGGGUUGAUGCGUCGAACCGGAGGAUGGAGCAGUUUUUUGGUGCGAUGAAGAUUGGUGUUGGGGGUGGUGGGUGGGUUGAGGAAGCUCUUAGGACUGCUGAGGAAGAUGAGAGUUGGGUUGAGGGUAGUUUAGGGAAUGUUAAUUUAAGUUUUGGUUUGGAGUUUGGGAAGAAUAAGGUUAUUGAGAUGGUUGUUGGAAGAAAAGAUGUUUUUCUUUUUGGGAUUUGUGGGAUUGGUGGAUCUGGAAAAACUACUCUUGCUAGAGAGGUUUGUAGAGAUGAACAAAUUCGAUGCCAUUUCAAAGAGAGAAUUUUGUUUCUGACUGUCUCGCAGUCUCCAAAUGUGGAGCAGUUGAGGGCAAAGAUUUUGGGACACAUCAUGGGAAAUGGAAGCUUGAAUAAUACCAAUUAUGCUGUUCCGCAGUGGAAGCCAGUGCAAUUUGAAUGCGCGAGCCAGAGUGAAAUCCUGGUUAUUCUUGAUGAUGUAUGGUCACUUUCUGUGCUGGAACAACUUGUGUUUAGAGUACCUUGUUGCAAAUUCAUCGUGGUUUCCAGGUUCAGAUUACCAGUUUUUGAUGCAACUUAUCAAGUGAAAUUGCUUGGCGAAGACGAUGCACUGUCUUUGUUCUGUCACCACGCUUUUGGACAGAAAUCAAUCCCUUUAUCUGCUAAUCAGAAUUUAGUCAAACAGGUUGUGAAUGAGUGUGGAAAGCUUCCACUAGCUCUUAAAGUGAUUGGAGCUUCGUUGCGAGAUCAGAAUGAAUUGUAUUGGUUAAGUGUUAAAACGAGGCUUUCUCAAGGCCUAAGCAUAGGUGAAUCCUAUGAACUUAAUCUUAUUGAUAGAAUGGCGAUCAGUACUAAUUACUUGCCAGAAAAGAUCAAGGAGUGCUUCUUGGACCUGUGUUCCUUUCCAGAGGAUAGAAAGAUUCCUUUUGAAAUUCUAAUCAAUAUGUGGGUUGAAAUUCACGAUAUUCAUGAAACAGAAGCUUACGCUAUUGUGGUUGAGCUUUCAAACAAGAAUUUCCUCACCUUAGUGAAAGAGGCGCGUGCUGGCGGUAUGUAUAGCAGUUGCUUUGAAAUUUCUGUUACUCAACAUGAUAUACUGAGAGAUCUUGCCCUUAAUUUGAGCAAUCGUGGGAGUGCUAAUCAGCGUCGAAGAUUAGUAAUGCCAAAACGAGAAGAUAAUGGGAAACUUCCUAAAGAGUGGUUGAGAUAUAGGGACCAACCAUUUGAAGCUCAGAUUGUUUCCAUUCAAACAGGUGAAAUGAGAAAAGGUGACUGGUGUAAUUUGGAAUUUCCUAAAGCUGAAGUACUGAUUAUUAAUUUCACAUCUAGUGAAUACUUCUUACCUCCCUUCAUUAAUAGAAUGCCAAAUUUGAGAGCAUUAAUAGUAAUAAACCACAGCACUUCAUAUGCUCGUCUUCACAACGUUUCGGUUUUUAAGAACUUGACAAACUUGAGGAGCCUUUGGGUUGAAAAAGUUUCCAUUCCACAGUUAUCAGGCAUAGUGAUGGAAAGCUUGAGCAAAUUGUUUAUAGUCCUUUGUAAGAUUAACAACAGUCUUGAAGGGAAAGAUGCAAACCUGGCUGAUAUCUUCCCUAACAUCUCUGAGCUCACACUUGACCACUGCGAUGAUGUAACCGAGUUUCCUUCAAGCAUUUGUAGGAUACAGUCACUACAGAACUUGAGUCUCACUAACUGCCAUAGUUUAACACAACUACCUAUUGAAUUAGGCAAACUAAGAUCUCUUGAGAUCCUUCGGUUAUACGCAUGUCCGGAUUUGAAAACACUUCCUCCUAGCAUCUCUGAUAUGACUCGAUUGAAGUAUGUCGACGUUUCUCAAUGCGUUAACCUUGAAAACUUCCCUGAAGCUCUUGGUAAGUUGGUAAGCUUGGAGAAGAUAGACAUGAGGGAAUGUCCGAUGAUUAGGUAUAUACCAAAGUCUUCAUUGUCAUUGCAUUCUUUGCAGGUUGUAAUCUGUGAUGAAGAAGUGUCUUGGAUGUGGAAAGAGGUUGAGAUGGCUAAGCCUAAUGUUCAUAUUCAAGUAGCUGAGCCACACUAUGAUCUAGACUGGCUUAGAGACUGACUAAUAUUAGAUUAUGUUUCUUGUGAUGUUUUAACCUCACAAUUUUUUGUAAAUACUUGUUCGUAUAACCUUUAUUUGAAAUGGAAAUCAUAUCAUGGCAUAAAUUUUUUGAAUUUAA